AUGGGAGCUGGUGGUAUUGGAGUUGGUGGUAUUGGAGCUGGUGGUAUUGGAGCUGGUGGUAUUGGAGCUGGUGGUAUUGGAGCUGGUGGUAUUGGAGCUGGUGGUAUUGGAGCUGGUGGUAUUGGAGCUGGUGGUAUUGGAGCUGGUGGUAUUGGAGCUGGUGGUAUUGGAGCUGGUGGUAUUGGUGCUGGUGGUAUUGGAGCUGGUGGUAUUGGAGCUGGUGGUAUUGGUGCUGGUGGUAUUGGAGCUGGUGGUAUUGGAGCUGGUGGUAUUGGAGCUGGUGGUAUUGGAGCUGGUGGUAUUGGAGCUGGUGGUAUUGGAGCUGGUGGUAUUGGAGCUGGUGGUAUUGGAGCUGGUGGUAUUGGUGCUGGUGGUAUUGGAGCUGGUGGUAUUGGAGCUGGUGGUAUUGGUGCUGGUGGUAUUGGAGCUGGUGGUAUUGGAGCUGGUGGUAUUGGAGCUGGUGGUAUUGGAGCUGGUGGUAUUGGAGCUGGUGGUAUUGGAGCUGGUGGUAUUGGAGCUGGUGGUAUUGGAGCUGGUGGUAUUGGAGCUGGUGGUAUUGGUGCUGGUGGUAUUGGAGCUGGUGGUAUUGGAGCUGGUGGUAUUGGUGCUGGUGGUAUUGGAGCUGGUGGUAUUGGAGCUGGUGGUAUUGGAGCUGGUGGUAUUGGAGCUGGUGGUAUUGGAGCUGGUGGUAUUGGUGCUGGUGGUAUUGGAGCUGGUGGUAUUGGAGUUGGUGGUAUUGGAGUUGGUGGUAUUGGAGCUGGUGGUAUUGGAGCUGGUGGUAUUGGAGCUGGUGGUAUUGGAGCUGGUGGUAUUGGAGCUGGUGGUAUUGGAGCUGGUGGUAUUGGAGCUGGUGGUAUGGGAGCUGUUGGUAUGGGAGCUGUUGGUAUGGGAGCUGUUGGUAUUGGAACUGGUGGUAUUGGAGCUGGUGGUAUUGGAGUUGGUGGUAUUGGAGUUGGUGGUAUUGGAGCUGGUGGUAUUGGAGCUGGUGGUAUUGGAGCUGGUGGUAUUGGAGCUGGUGGUAUUGGAGCUGGUGGUAUUGGUGCUGGUGGUAUUGGAGCUGGUGGUAUUGGAGUUGGUGGUAUUGGAGUUGGUGGUAUUGGAGCUGGUGGUAUUGGAGCUGGUGGUAUUGGAGCUGGUGGUAUUGGUGCUGGUGGUAUUGGAGCUGGUGGUAUUGGAGCUGGUGGUAUGGGAGCUGUUGGUAUGGGAGCUGUUGGUAUGGGAGCUGUUGGUAUUGGAGCUGGUGGUAUUGGAGCUGGUGGUAUUGGAGCUGGUGGUAUUGGAGCUGGUGGUAUUGGAGCUGUUGGUAUGGGAGCUGGUGGUAUUGGAGCUGGUGGUAUUGGAACUGGUGGUGGCUAA